UGCGACUUGAAAUAUUCAUAGUUUCCUAGACAAAGUUUUUUAUUUUUUAUUGCAGAAUAUUUUUGUAGUAGCAUAUGACGACUUUUUAUAUAGCAUUAUGGAUAUCAUUUCUAUUAGCAACAGUUACGUCUUGGAAACUAAAAGCGUAUCCUUAUGCCGAUCUAAAUUUUGAACAAAAAGUUGCAUACGAUGGAUAUCCCUUGGAGCAAUAUCAAGUAAGAACGAAGGACCGCUACUAUCUAACCAUCUUUAGAAUACCAUAUGGUAAAAGUUCAACUAACAAUACGAACCGAAGCCCAGUUUUAUUGAUACAUGGCUUGGGUGCAAGCAUAGAUAUGUUUCUACUCCAGGGCCCAGGAAAAGCAUUAGCCUACGUACUGGCAGAUAGUGGUUACGAUGUCUGGCUAUUAAACAGUAGGGGAUGUUGGAAAUCUCAAAGACAUAAGUUCUACGAUAUAAACAAAGAUCGACAGUAUUGGAAAUUCUCGUUUCAUGAAAUAGCUAUCCAUGAUCUGGCUACAAACAUAGACUUCGUACUAAAGAAAACAAAACAAAAACCUUUCCUUAUUGGACAUUCUCAAGGUAACACUUGUAUCUUCAUUUUACUCGCAAUGAAACCUGAAUAUAACGAUAAAAUUAAAAUGGGCGUGGCUUAUGGUCCGAGUAUCAAAGUAAUUGUUGACAAUAUUUUUGCUAAAACCAUUUAUUUACGCUGUGGAAAUUAUAGAGGAGCUUGUACCAGUAAUAGUUAGUGCAGUUCCUCGAGUAUCAGCUAUGCAAUUGUUUCAUUAUUUGCAAAUUGUUAAGAAAGGACUAUUUGCACAAUACGAUUAUGGUUCUAUAAAAAAUUUGCAAAGGUAUAACCAAAGUACACCGCCUAUUUAUGACCUUAAUAAAGUAACAGCAUGCAUUGCUAUAUUUUAUGGAGAAAAAGACGAUGUAGCAACAGUUAAGGGUGCUUUAGAGGAUAUUGAAAUACUACCAAAUGUUUGUUAUAUCCAUAAAGUUAAAUAUCCUGACUUUAAUCACAUCGAUUUUCUUUUUGCCAACAAUGCCUCGGAGUUAGUUUACAAACCAACAGUAGAUAUUUUAAGAAAAUACGACGCUGAACACAUUUAAGAUGACCAAGCAUCAAAUUGGUGUAACUUUUCUAAAUAAAAUUUUGUUUAUAAUCCGGUAGUAAUAAUUUUUUUAAUAAAUACUGAAAACAAA